AUGCAAAAUAAGCACAAACCUGGACCAGAAAAAACCUUCACCAAAGCAUCACCCGUUAGCCCUUCAAAGCUUGACCUUCACAAAGGAAACAGGACAAUCGUUUUAAACCAGGGGCAAAUCUGGAAGUUGAGACAAAUGUGUAAUGCAAGCAAUAUAUAA